GCGGUAUCAGCGGCGAUGGCGGCGGGGUCGGGUGGGAGUGGGGGCUCUGGGGCAGGCCCCGGGCCAGGGCCGGGGCCAGGCGGGGGAGGGGGCCCUGGCAGCAGCGGACCAGGACUGGGGUCCAGCGGGGGUCUCGGCAGUGGCGGGGAGCUGCACCCGCGCACUGGGCGCUUGGUAAGCCUGUCGGCCUGUGGGCGCACAGCGCGGCGGCAGCAGCCGGGCCAAGAGUUUAACCACGGGCUGGUGCUGAGCCGAGAACCCUUGCGCGACGGACGCGUCUUCACUGUCCGCAUCGACCGCAAGGUCAACUCCUGGAGUGGCUCCAUUGAAAUCGGAGUGACAGCACUGGAUCCUAGUGUGCUGGACUUCCCAAGCAGUGCCACUGGGCUGAAGGGAGGGUCCUGGGUAGUAUCAGGCUGCUCAGUGCUUCGGGACGGGCGCUCUGUGUUGGAGGAAUAUGGCCAGGACCUGGACCAGCUUGUGGAAGGGGACCGUGUGGGUGUGGAACGCACAGCCACUGGGGAGCUCCGGCUCUGGGUGAAUGGGCGGGAUUGUGGUGUGGCAGCCACAGGCCUGCCUGCUCGAGUCUGGGCUGUCGUGGACCUUUAUGGCAAGUGCACCCAGAUCACUGUGCUGCCCUCUGAGCCAGGCUUCAGCCCUCCUACUCCUAUCUCCACACCUCCCCUUGAGCCCUUGGCCCCUCCAGAAGAUUCUGCCCUGUCGGAACAGGGGAUUUCUGUGGAUGAAGCCUUCAUGGUGUCCCCAGCGCAGGCCCGGCCGGAGACGUUUCCUAACAGCCUUGAUUCGCAUAAUGACUUUGCCAGCAUGGAACUGUCUGAGGUGGUGAGCAACGCCAUCCUGUCUGCCUACAAUGGGGGCCUUCUUAAUGUGAGCCUGAGCUCCCCACCAGCUGCAGACGGACUGGCAUCCAGUGGAUCAGCCACCUCUCCCGUCCUCACUUCCAAUGAUGCCCUGCUCUUUCAUGAGAAGUGUGGAACCCUCAUCAAACUCAGCAACAAUAAUAAGACAGCUGAGCGUCGGAGGCCCCUGGAUGAAUUCAACAAUGGAGUUGUCAUGACCAACCGUCCACUUCGGGAUAAUGAAAUGUUUGAGAUCCGUAUUGACAAGCUUGUAGACAAAUGGUCUGGUUCCAUCGAGAUUGGUGUCACCACCCACAAUCCCAACAGCUUGGAGUAUCCAGCCACCAUGACCAACCUGCAGUCAGGCACCAUCAUGAUGAGUGGCUGUGGGAUCCUGACCAACGGCAAGGGUACGCGCCGCGAGUACUGUGAGUUCAGUCUGGAUGAGCUGCAGGAGGGUGACCAUAUUGGCCUCACGAGGAAGUCCAACUCUGCCCUGCACUUCUUCAUUAACGGCAUCGAUCAGGGUGUAGCUACUCCGUUGACACCACCAGUAGUCUAUGGUGUGGUAGACUUGUAUGGAAUGGCUGUGAAAGUGACCAUAGUCCAUAAUAAUAACCACAGUGACCGUCUCCGCCGGAACAAUGCCAUCCUGAGGGCGCUGUCCCCCGAGGGUGCCCUUCGUCGUGCCGCCCCUGCAGCCCCGGCAGAGCCUGAACGCCUGCUCUUCCACCCUAACUGUGGCCAGAAGGCGGCCAUCACCCACGAGGGACGCACCGCUUUGAGGCCCCAUGCCACUGAUGACUUCAAUCAUGGCGUGGUACUGAGCAGCAGAGCCCUCCGGGAUGGAGAGGUGUUCCAGGUGCGCAUUGACAAGAUGGUGGACAAAUGGGCUGGCUCCAUUGAGAUCGGCGUCACUACCCACAACCCUGCCUACCUCCAGUUGCCCUCUACCAUGACCAAUUUACGCUCUGGGACCUGGAUGAUGACUGGGAAUGGGGUAAUGCACAAUGGGACAACCAUCCUAGAUGAAUAUGGACACAAUCUGGACCGCCUCAAGGCAGGGGACACAGUAGGUGUGGUACGGCGGGAGGAUGGAACGCUCCACUUCUUUGUCAAUGGAAUGACUCAGGGCCCUGCUGCCUGGAAUGUACCCCCGGGUGUCUAUGCUGUCGUUGAUCUCUACGGCCAAGCUGCCCAGGCUACUAUUGUGGAUGACGUGGAAGUCCCUCCAGUCUCUGAGCCACUCCCGGAAGGAAACAACCAGAUGUCUCCUAGUUCUCCAGCCUCAGCAGUUGGGGGUUCCGACCUGCGCUUCCACCAGCUGCAUGGCAGUAAUGCAGUCAUCACUAAUGGCGGCCGCACUGCUCUCCGCCAUAACUGCCGCAGCGAGUUCAAUGAUGCUAUUGUCAUUUCCAACCGAGCUCUGCGGGAUGGAGAACUGUUUGAGAUUGUCAUUCAGAAGAUGGUAGACCGCUGGUCAGGUUCCAUCGAAGCUGGAGUGACUGCUAUUCGUCCUGAAGACCUAGAGUUUCCCAACACCAUGACAGACAUUGACUAUGAUACGUGGAUGCUGAGUGGUACAGCUAUCAUGCAAGAUGGCAACACGAUGCGCAACAACUAUGGGUGUGAUCUGGAUGCACUGGGCACAGGUGCACGCAUCGGCAUGAUGCGAACUGCCAAGGGUGAUCUGCACUAUUUCAUUAAUGGACAGGACCAAGGCGCUGCCUGCUCAGGCUUGCCUCCGGGUAAAGAAGUGUAUGCAGUAGUGGAUCUCUAUGGCCAGUGUGUCCAAGUGUCUAUUACCAAUGCUACCGGCCCCAUGGACAACAGCCUGGCAACCAGCAACACUGCCACUGAGAAGUCAUUUCCCUUGCAUUCCCCAGUGGCGGGUGUAGCACACCGAUUCCAUAGCACUUGUGGCAAGAAUGUCACUCUGGAGGAGGAUGGCACACGGGCAGUCCGUGUGGCUGGCUAUGCGCAUGGCCUCGUUUUCAGCACCAAGGAGCUCAAGGCGGAAGAAGUUUUUGAGGUGAAAGUGGAAGAGCUGGACGAGAAGUGGGCAGGCUCCCUCCGGCUGGGGCUGACCACACUAGCACCCGAGGACAUGGGGCCUGGAGCAGGCAGUGGGCCAGGGCUGCCUCCUUCCUUGCCUGAACUCCGGACAAAGACCACUUGGAUGGUGUCCAGCUGUGAAGUGAGACGUGAUGGGCACCUCCAAAGGAUGAACUAUGGUCGGAACCUCGAGAGACUUGGGGUGGGAAGCCGUGUGGGCAUUCGUCGGUGUGCAGAUGACACUAUGCACAUCUUGGUAGAUGGAGAAGAUAUGGGGCCUGCAGCCACCGGCAUUGCCAAGAAUGUGUGGGCUGUGUUGGAUCUCUAUGGGCCAGUACGCAGUGUGGCUAUUGUCAGCUCCACAAGACUGGAGGAACCAGAAGGCACCCAGCCACCUUCUCCUAGCUCAGAUACUGGCAGUGAGGGCGAGGAAGAUGAGGAGGGCGAGGAACAUGGGCUGAGAGGCCAGAAUCAAGUGGGUAUUAUGCCCACAGCCCUUGAAUUCCUGGAGAACCAUGGGAAGAAUAUCCUCUUAUCCAACGGGAACCGUACAGCCACUCGGGUGGCCAGCUACAACCAGGGCAUCGUUGUCAUCAGCCAGCCCCUGGUACCCCAUAUGCUUGUUCAGGUGCGGAUAGAUUUCCUGAACCGACAGUGGACAUCCUCUCUUGUUCUGGGAGUCAUCACCUGCCCACCUGAGAGGCUUAACUUCCCUGCCUCUGCUUGUGCCCUUAAACGGGCAGCCUGGCUCCUGCGGGGCCGUGGCGUCUUCCACAAUGGUCUGAAGAUCUGUGAGAAGUUUGGGCCAAAUCUUGACACCUGCCCUGAAGGCACCAUCCUGGGACUGAGGCUAGACUCCUCUGGAGGGCUCCAUCUCCACAUCAACGGGGUGGACCAAGGGGUAGCUGUACCAGAUGUUCCCCAGCCAUGCCAUGCACUUGUGGACCUCUAUGGACAGUGUGAGCAGGUGACAAUUGUGAGCCCUGACCCAGGGACUGCCAGUGGGAAGACUGCUGGAACCCAAGGGGACAUGGAAAAAGCUGAUAUGGUAGACGGUAUCAAGGAGAGUGUGUGCUGGGGUCCACCGCCUGCUGCUAGCCCUUUAAAGAGCUGCGAGUACCAUGCCCUUUGCUCCCGCUUCCAAGAACUGCUGUUGCUUCCUGAAGAUUAUUUCAUGCCUCCACCAAAGCGUAGCUUAUGCUACUGUGAGUCUUGCCGGAAGUUGCGAGGAGAUGAGGCCCACAGGCGCCGAGGAGAGCCUCCCCGAGAAUAUGCCCUGCCUUUUGGAUGGUGCAGGUUCAAUCUUAGGGUGAAUCCCCAUCUGGAAGCUGGCACACUUACAAAGAAGUGGCACAUGGCCUAUCAUGGAAGCAGCGUAGCAGUUGUACGGAGGGUGCUGGACCGAGGGGAAUUGGGAGCAGGAACUACCUCCAUCCUGAGCUGCCGACCCUUGAAGGGAGAGCCUGGGGUGGGAUUUGAGGAGCCUGGUGAGAACUGUGCACCUCCCCGGGAGGAGCAGCCCCCUCCAGUGCUGCUCUCCCCCUCCCUUCAGUAUGCUGGGGCAGAGACCCUGGCCUCCAAAGUGCAAUUCCGGGACCCAAAAUCCCAGCGGACACACCAGGCUCAGGUGGCCUUUCAGGUGUGUGUGCGCCCUGGCUCCUAUACUCCUGGCCCUCCCUCUGCGGCCCUCAGAGAACUUCCUGACCAGCACUUCAGCCCAUCAGAACUUGAGUGGGUCACUAAGGAGAAGGGAGCCACACUCCUCUAUGCCCUGCUGGUACGGGUGGAAUAAGGGGUGAGAUACCACUACUCCAAGCACAGCCGGGCCUCAAGCCCAGGACUCUUGAAUGACGACUGCCUCCACCUCAUUCCAGUGACUUAUGGCAUGUACAGGUGCUUUCCUGGCCGGAGGAGCACGUAGACAGGCUUUGAUUUAGACCAGGUGUGAAGCACAUCUCUACAUUCAGGGCCCAGCACACUCCCGCUGCCGAGAGGGAGCUUGUAGGGAGCCCAGCUCCAGUCUCUGGGUCCCCCCUUCAUGCACUGACUUGGGGAACAUGACUCCCUAUUAUUACCCUCCCCCAUAUCACUUAAUUUAUUUCCGUUUUUGUUUCUGGUUACUGUGAAUCCCAAAGGAGUCUCUGUGCCCACAUGAAGCUGCUUUUUCCAUGGCCACCGGGCGCCAUGGGGCGGGAGUGGGUAAGGAAGGGGCGGCCCGAGGAAGCUGUGGGCCCUCUGUACAGUUGUUACUGACUCUGAUUUCUAAGGAGCCAAUAAAUACUGUCUUCAGAGCA